GAUUGAGAAAGCGGUGGAGAAUAUUCGGGAAAUUCCCAGGAUAGAGUGGGAUUUUGAAGGGAUUCAUUACUUCGAUAACGGACCGCUUACUGUUCAAUAUUUGUUUGUUUUGGAUGCUUUGAAUUUUUGCUUCUGGCCUGGUUUGUUGCUCUUUACCUUAAAGAAUUCGUUUGCUGUGUGCUUCAGUCUCUGUUUAUUGUUUGGUUGCCAAUGCUGGUUUUGUUGAGUUGAGUUGUGCCUGAAAAACGUAAAGAUUGUUGUUUUGUUUGCGUUUGUUUUUACUGUGGACUCAGACUUAGGAGUAAGGCUUAUCUUUUUGAUGGUUGUGACUCCUAGGAUUAUAGAUUAUUUUCAGUGUUAUAUGGACACAUGAAAAUAAAUUAGGGAAAUGGAAAGGAUUCUUCUCUUGUUUAUAAAAGCUGGGAACCUAACAAGGAAUAUUGGAAGGGGCAAAUAGUUUAUUUAGUUAAGAGCCUUGUUCUUUAUUUUAAAAUGUUUUGAGACUAAGCCCACAAGACAACUUCUACCCUCAAGUUUCAGUCUUUUGCUGAUUGGUUUUUGGACUGAACACAAAUUCUUCAUGCUCUUCGUUUAUUUUCUUUUUCUUGUCCUGUCUGCUUUGCAUACAUAGUGUAAGCACUUGAACCAAGGAAAAAUAGGUGAAUAGGUGGGAUGGAAGGUAGACAGGAAAUUGCAUAAUGAGGACACUCUUUGGACUCAAAACUUUAUCUGACCCCAAUACCCGGUUAAGGAUCUGAAUAAAUGGGAAACCUCUAUUUCUUUGCUUAUUUGCAUUUUUGUUGGGCAACUUGGUGAAGUUUCUCUUGAUUCAGUGGUUGUCAGUUGAUUGAGCAAAUCAUAUUAAUGCAAUUUCUGCAGUACAGGUUUUUUUUUUUUUUUUUCUAUUUCUACACUAUUUAUGUUCCUUUGAGAAUUUUGUUUAAUUAUAUUUUUAUUUUGCAGCAGUUAAUUAGGGUGUUCUUGGAAAGCUUAAAAAAUAAAAGAAUUCUAAUGGACUGCAGUUUAAUGGACCAUUCUCAUUUUUGUAAUGUUUAAAAAUGAAUAAGAAUUCAAAUUUUCUUUUAUAAAAAAAGUCAUUUUGAAAUAAAUGAAUUCAUGACAAAAGUGGCUUUAUUUUGCAAGAAUUCUGACUCAUUUAACGAAGUGUUCUAUUGAAAACCUUUAAAAACAACCUACUUUAACUCACAUUUAUUUGUAAAUAAGGGCAAAAUGGAAAAUGAGGACUUUAAUUUUAGUUGUUAAUUAUUCCAAAAACUAGAAUUCAAAUGAACUCUCAUUUUAAAAUUGAUUCUGAACACAUGAAUUUUCUUACAAAAUCGUUUUUAUUGGAUUCUUUUAUUAGAAAAGAAUUGAAUUCUAGCACAAGAAUCAUUCCAAAUGAGGCCUUAUGUUUGAUUUAAUUUAGUUUCAAAGACGUUCGGUAAAAACUUUGUAGUUUUCCCAAAUACUGUUCAGUAAAAACUUUGAAGUUUUCCCAAAUGACUCUGCUUGGCCUCUACUUGGUCAUCUUUGUUCUUUUUAUUGGCACCAUUCUCACUAGGAGGUUGGAGCUUGUUCUUUGAUGUUGCUGUUCUUGUUCUCUUACACCUCAAGAUGUGUAUGUGAAUUCUUCCCUGCCAUGAUCCAUGAAAAGCUUUUGCUCGGUAUUUCCAAUUCCCUGGAUUGACUUUGAAACUUCAUGCUAUAAAUAUGUAAAACAAAGGUAAGUUUUUAAUCCAGCACAAAUCAUUACUCUAAAUUAUUCCGUAAGGUGCUCGGAAGAAGAAGUUUCAUAAUUUACCAAGUGGGAGUUUGCAGCUGUGAGUUGUGGAGUGUCAUCUUAUGGUCUUGCAAUUAAGAUGAGGAUUGCCAAAUGGUACAGAAUUUGGCAAAGGUUCCUUCAUCAAAGUUUUAGUCCUGUAUCUCAAGUUCCAUUUGGUUCUUGAAUUAGAUUAUUUGGACGUCUAUAAGUCUAGUUAUGAACCAAUUGAAACAGAGUGACCAUCAACAACAAUUUCAGCAGCACAUUCACAGAAAUUUGCAUGUCUUUUGCUAAUGCUCAACACCAUAGCCAAGAUAAGGAUUUAAGCUAUGAUCAUUUGGCAUCAGGCCUAAAGGAAGCUUUAGAAAAUGACAAAUCUGUGUUUGAUGCUGAUCGUUUGCAGAAGUUCACAGGUCCUCAAUUACGAAAGGUGUUAAAAUGGCCCAGGCAACUUCCUUUGGAGGAUGAGCGGAUUCGUUUACUGCAUGAGGUUGGUUUUGAACUGGAAAGAAGUUUUGGAGGAAAAGCAUCCAAUCUUGUGGAGUCCUGUGGGAAAUCAGCUGCAAAACUUGUUGCAACUGUAACUAGUCUCUUUCCUGGUUUUCGAGACCACUCAUUAUACAAGGGCCACCAAGUAUUCUUGUAUAAAAGAGCUCAGAUAUUUGCAGCCGAUUUAUAUGGUGCAUUCAAAGGCCGAGGAUAUGGAGAAUUCAAGGAUAUUGGUUCAAUCACAAUAUUUGCAGACUAUAUUGUUCCUGCUGUGCUUCAGCAACUUGGUGUGCUAAAAUAUAGUUCAACCCUUGGCAGUAUGAUCAAGUCUGAUACUGAAAUACUUUCAGGCAGUGAGGAGGAAGUUGAAUUACGAGCAUGCUCUAUAUUUGCUGUGGAGAAAAUGAGGGACUUGCUUCGUGUAAAAUCAGGAAAGCAGGUGCUGAGUAUUGAAUUGGACCUUUGGCUCUGGGCUUUUGGCGUGCGCUGCCCAUCUCUUCAACACCAUCGGACACUCUCAAUAUAUUAUUGAGUUGACAAUAUUCUGAAGUAGCUUUUCUUAAUAUAUUUUUCAAUGGAAAAAUGAAAAGACAAAAUUUUGGCCUUGACAGUUUUAGAACAACCUUUUGUUUUCAGUCUCUUACUGAAGCACCAAAGGUGUUCUUGGAUAGUUACAAUACUGUUAAUCUACUCUACUUCUACCUUCGAGUGAUAUAUUUGAAUGGGAAAAAAGAGGAAAACAUAAGAGAGGCUUUCGGUCUUGCGUCAA